AUGAGAGCAGUCAUUUACACCGGAAAGGACACCAUCUCGGUCGAGGAACGUCCAAAGCCAUGCCUCCUAGAGCCCACUGAUGCCAUUGUCAAAGUCCAACACACCACCAUCUGCGGAACAGACCUGCAUAUUCUACAAGGCCACGUUCAGACAUGCACACCCGGACGUAUCCUCGGCCACGAAGGCGUUGGCAUAAUUGAAUCUUUGGGGACCGGUGUCACACGCUUUUCUGUCGGACAGCCCGUCCUAAUCUCUUGCAUCACAUCGUGUGGAUCCUGCAAUUUCUGCCGCAAACGAAUGCCCUCCCAAUGUACUUCUGGCGGCUGGAUUCUGGGCAACACCAUCGACGGUACGCAGGCAGAAUACGUACGGAUACCCCACGCAUCGUUCUCGCUGCAUGCGCUCCCGAGCGGGCUCGAUCCCAAAGUUGCCGUAACCUUGUCUGAUGUUCUUCCUACUGCGUAUGAAUGCGGCAUUCUUAACGGUGAGAUCCAGCCCGGAUCAACCGUUGCUAUCAUCGGGACGGGCCCAAUCGGCCUGAUGGCGCUUCAGAUGGCACGGAAUCUUUUCGGACCCUCCAUGACCGCCGUAGUCGGCAGGGGGCGGCCCAGGCUCGACACAGCAAAGGAGAUGGGCGCAGAUCACGCAAUCAGUGUGCUUGGGGGGCAGGCAGAUGCCGUCUCUUCUGCGCUCGCAGUGACAAAUAACCAGGGAUUCGACGUGGUGAUCGAAGCAGUGGGGACUGCCGACUCGUUUGAGCUCGCUCAGGCGUUAGUCGGUCCCGGCGGGACGAUAGCCAGUUUGGGAGUGUUUGGGACACCCUGCGCUCUGCAUUUGGAAGAACUCUGGCAUCGCAAUAUCUGUCUUAGAACUCGGCUGGUCGAUGCGUGCACUACCCCCGAUCUACUGAAGCUUGUGGAGUCGGGCAAGAUUCACCCUCACUUCCUGGUUUCGCACAAUUUCUCGUUUGAUCAGAUACACAAGGCCUAUGAGACGUUUCAGACACCUUCCAAAUCCGGAUCUCUCAAGGUGGUUGUCAGCAUGUCUGAACUGCAGCACACCAAUCCAAGGCUGUAG